AUGUUUUUCUCUUUUAUUUCAAGUUUUUUCUCUCUCUCUCUUGCACUAGUCACGCUCUCUCUCACUUUUUCUCACAAUCUCUCUCAUUUCUUGUUUCUCUCUCUCUCUCUCUCUCUCUCUCUCUUUUCUAGCAUUUCUCUCUGUCUUAUUUCUCGUUACGUUCUCUCUCUCUUAUUUCUAGUUUCUCACUCUCUCUUGUUUCUAGCUUUUCUCAUUCUCUCUUUUGUUUCUAGUUUCUCUCUCUAUCACUUGUUUCUAGUUUUUCUCUCUUUCUUGUUUCUAUUUCUCUCCCUCUCUCUUAUUGGUAGUUAUUCUCUCUCACUCACUAGUUUCUAUCACUCUCUCUUAUAUAUAGUUUUUCUCUCUCUCUUGUUUCUAUCACUCUCACUCUCACUCUUAUUUCUAGUUUUUCACUCUCUGUCUUAUAUCUCUUUCUCUCUCUUAUUUUUAGUAAGUCUCACUUUUUCUCUCUUAUUACUAGUUUUUCUCUUUUUUUCCCUCAUAUCUAGUUUUUCUCUCCUUCUCAUAUUUCUAUUUUUCUCUCUCUCUCUUAUUUUUAGUUUCUCUCUUUCUCUUAUUUCUAGUUUUUCUCUCUCUUUAUUUUUAUUCUUUCUCUAUAUCUCUCUCUUAUUUUUAGUUUUUCUUUCUCUCUCUCUCUCUCUUAUUUCUAGAUUUGUUCUCUUUCUCUCUAAUUUCUAUUUUCUCCUUUUUCUCUUUCUUAUUUGUAGUUUUCUCUCUCUCCCUCUCUUGUUUCUAUUUUUUUCUCUCUCUCUUAACUCUAGUCUCUCUCUUCCUUCUGAUAUCUAUGCCAACAAGGAAGAAAAUGUGUUCUUAUUACGAAGAGUGGUUGAUAAUUUCUUCAAAACCUUUCUUUUUGCUUCGUUAGGUCGUAGUUAUCGUCAUCUGAACGCGUCAUUCUAUUAUGAUCUAUCUAUCUAUCUAUCUAUCUAUCUAUCUAUCUAUCUAUCUAUCUAUCUAUCUAUCUAG